GGCGGCACGGCCGGAGCCGGCGAGCAGCCUCGCUCUCCGCCAGGAUUUAUGGAGGUGCUGAGGAGCAGCUCUGAGCCCCGCAGCCCCCGGCAGCCCGCCCCGUGAAGCAGCGCCUGACCCUCUCACCUCGUCUCACCCGGCAUCCCGACCCUCCGACUCAACCAUUCAAGGCUCCCGUGCAUGGAUCGCCCCAGCGAGGGACCGCUGCCGGACGCCGCCGACGCCGCCCCGUAGGCUCCCGGCCCCCCGUGCCGCCCCCAAGUACUCCACAUACCCCGAUGGGGUAACGUGACGGGGGUCACCCUCCCGCCACCGCCACCCCCCAUAUGCAGAGGCCUUUCUAGAGCGCCAGGGAGCGCGCGGCACCGGAGGCGGCAGCCGUUCGCCAUCGUACACACGCCAAGGACGCCGACACUACAGCAAAGGGAUUUUUUUUUUUAUUAUUAUUAUUAUUAUUAUCAUUAAUAUUAUUUUUUUCCGCCUGGCUUUUUCCCCGGGGAGGCUUGCAGUGUGUCAAGGAAGCCGGUGCGCUCCCAGGAGCUGGGAUUAUUUGCACAACGUCUGUAUAUUGAGUUCUUGAUCCUGUUUUAUUUUUAUUUUUGAAGUGCAGAGGGGUGGUGGGGUUUUUUUCCCCCUCCACACCACGCUUUUCUUGGGUUUUUCCCCCACUGCCGUCAGCACCACAUCACCCUCUUCCCAUCCCACCAUGGCCCGGAUGAACCGCCCUGCGCCGGUGGAGGUCUGCUACAAAAACAUGAGGUUCCUGAUCACCCACAACCCCACCAACGCCACGCUCAGCACCUUCUUGGAGGACCUAAAGAAGUACGGUGCCACCACGGUGGUGCGAGUGUGUGAAGUGACCUACGACAAGACCCCCCUGGAGAAGGAUGGCAUCACCGUCAUGGAUUGGCCGUUCGAUGAUGGAGCGCCUCCUCCCAGCAAGAUAGUGGAAGAUUGGCUCAACUUGCUGAAGACCAAGUUCUGUGAAGACCCCGGCUGCUGCGUGGCCGUGCACUGCGUGGCCGGCCUGGGGCGCGCUCCCGUCCUCGUCGCGCUGGCCUUGAUCGAGAGUGGGAUGAAGUACGAAGAUGCCAUCCAGUUCAUCCGACAGAAGCGCAGAGGAGCCAUCAACAGCAAGCAGCUGACAUACUUGGAAAAAUACCGACCAAAGCAGAGACUCCGAUUUAAGGACCCUCAUAACCACAAGAACAAAUGCUGCAUCAUGUAACCUCAAUGACCUCUUGCCAAAAUCCGUGCACACAGACACCCGGGCACUCACACGCAUCCCACCCCCUCACCUCCUCGCCCAGCCCCGUGCACCCCACGCGCCACCCCACUGACAGGGCUGGGGUGGGGGGACAUGGAGCACCACCAAAGUGUUCCAGCACCCACAGCAUGGUUACCUUGCCGGACCCCCAAAUAAGGCUGCUCUCUCCAGCUACAGCCCCGAGGAGUGAAGGGAGCGCUGCCCUUUGACUCUUGGCGUUAGCAGGCAAUGAGCUCACAUGACGGUUCUUCAUCACCUUCCUCCUCCUCCCUUUCCCCUCCCAUUGCAGUGAGAGGGAUGGGUGGAGGGUGCUUGGUUUGGGGUGAUGCAGGCAGGGCUGUGCCACCUGAGAAGGGAUGGGGAGCAGGAGGGCCAGAGGAUCCCCAGAAAAACCCUUUCCUACCUCUUCCCUAUAAAUAAGGGCUGCAGCAGCGAGGACGGAAUUGGGGAUGGCGCAUUGGCCUCAGUGGGGAAGAUGGUGAUAGCAGGGAGAGGUGAAGGGGGCUCGUAGCUUGGUGCUGGCCUUGUGGCCAUGGGAAGGGCUGAGCUACGUCCCCCCAACACCAUUCCCUUUCUCCUGACCCCUCUGCCACAUCACCAUCUCCGCGUUGCCUUGAUGCCAGCCGGGAUGCUGCAGAUGGGGCUCACUGGGGGCUUGCUGCAGCGAAGGCAGAGGCGCUGGGAAACUGGGGAACCGUGGCAGGGCUUUGAGGCACCCAGCUUUGCCGGGGUGCAGGGUCAGCAUUGGGUCCCCCAAAGUGUGGGGUGCUCUUAUUUAUAGCUUCCAAAUUCAAUGCACAGGGUGGUGGGUCCUCUCCUGUCAUGUCCCCAUCACUGAGCCAUGGCACAAACCCCAAUUCUGGCUGCAAUGCCCUGGGGACGCAACGCAUAUCUCGGGGCACGACCAUGUCCUCCACUGCUGCGUUUGCUGUUCAAGGGGCUGGGCUGCAGUUUUCCUGGGGGAUUUUGGGUGCUCCUGGCAGGAGCACAUCACCAAAUUUUGCACCUGCCUUUCCCAUACCCGGGGGCAUCUGUAACGCGACGCCUGGCACCCCAAAACCCCCUGGCGCGUGCCCUGGUGGAGUGAACUCAGAUCUGCCCCUGAGCUGGGACAUUAAACAUCUCUCAACUUUCUGCCUUUGAACACUUGCAGCAGCUGGAGCGGUGGGCAUGUAGGGGGUGUGGGGGUGUUUUUUUCUUUUGACGAGGAUAAGAAGAAAUUUGCUAAUUAAAGGAAAAAAAAAAAACUUUAAAAAAAACCUGUUUGUCUUCCGCACGUCCUCUGGCCUUUGUUUCUCCCAUCACUGCCUGGUGGAGCCCAGGAGGUGACCCAUGGCCUCACCAGACCGAUCCCCAGCACCAGGUCACAGCCAGCUGUCAUCUGCUGUCACCAUGGUAUACAUGUGGCCCAAGGGAUGCUCCAGGUAUCCUUUGGGCUCUCUGCUGCUCACCCCCUCAGCUUCGAAGGAUCCCAGAUGUUGGGGCAAGGAGGGCUAGUCAUCCAGUGUCUUGUGGUUUUAGGCUGCCCAACUUGAGAUGCCUUCAGUGCCCUGUGUUGGGUAUCUCCAAAGGUUUGUGUGCCUUCCAAAACAUAGUAUCUAGAGACAUUUGCUUCAGAGGAUUCAUCUCUUGGGAUAAAUGGUGAGGAAGGCUGGUUAGACACUUUCGGUACCUGUAGAAGGAUAGGGGACAGCUUCAUGCCACCGCAUGUGGGCAAAGGAGGAGCUUGGAGCCGUUGCCAGCACCACUCCUCCUCUCCCAGUGGGAGCCAAGCCUGCAUGGCAAGGAUGG